AGGAUGAGUGUUCUGCUGACCCUUACAUCUGGUCUGGACUGUGUCACCUUUAAGCUAGAAUAUGACUUGCCAUAUCUAGACUUGAAUGCCUACCCCCCUCGGAGUCGCAGUAAUUCAGAGCAGGAUGGCGAUGUCAGUUCUGACUCUUCAGAUUCUUAUUUAGGCCAUCCUUGUCGUUACAGGUCAAUGUCAGAGGUAUUUUCCAACUCCCCACUGGCUGACUUUCAACUGGCCAAUGACUCUGACUCUGCCAGUCUUGCCAGUUUGGAUGUCUGCCAAAUGAAAGCCAGCACCAUUUCUGCAGACUCUGGUUUUCCCACUGAUUGCAUGUCCACAAAUGGCACCAGGCCAUCCACUGAGUCAGUUCUCGUUGCUGCACACCGAAAUAGCAUGUCAGCUGACAGCGCUUCUUUGUCAUCACUGAGCUCAUCUUCAGGUGACCCAGACAGGCAUAAAAGACUAGAAAAUGUCUCUUCUAGUUUUGGUGGAAAUGACGCUCCCUCACUUGAAGUCAUUCACCUGAAGGGUCAAAAAUCGCACCCAGGUAAAUCUAAAAGAAAGAAAAUCGAAGGAAUCAGCAAAAGAAAACUACAAAAUAUGAGUAAUGGUUCAGUGUUGGCUAACAGUUAUAUGGUCAAGAACAUAUCAUCUUGUGAUUGCAGACAAAGAGAAAGGAGUUCAGAUACCACAUCAGAUGUUUCAGCAACUGGAUUCAAACAGAAUCCAUACUCACAUGUUUCUAACUUGACUCCAUCAUCUACUGACCCAUCAGCUACAAGAAAUGUUUGUGCAGAAGUCAGUGGCAGUAUAUUAUCUCUCACCCUAAAAACUAAAGGAUGCACAGCAUCAGAGUAUAGAUCUUUGCCAAACAGUUCAAUUAAAGCCCCAGUACAGGAAGGCACUCUCUCAUCAGGAAAUGCAUCAUCCGGGUCUUUGCCAAACAGUUCAAUUAAAGCUGCAGCACAUGAGGGCAUUUCUUCAACAGAAUAUGCACUGUCGAGGUCUGAAUCAUUGUCAAAUAGUUCAAGUACAGCUGCGGCUGAGGAUGGCACUGUCUCAUCAGGAUCUGUUUGCUUGACUGCCAAUUCAUAUGCAUCCUUGGUGCAGGAUGGAAGUCCUUUCUCAGAAUUUUGUGAUUCAAAUACAUCAGAAGCAAGCUCUCUGAACAGCAAUAAAAGUUCAUUUCCAACGGGUAUCAGUAUUCUCCAAGAUUUAUAUGUUGAAGAUGACCAGUCUUUCAAGUCCAUAAAAGGAAAGCUUGCAGCUCAUUUGAUGCCUGAUACAUUAGGACAAUCCAACAGCUGUUUGGCCAACAGUGUGUAUACUGAUUGUGAAGAUGAAGAAACUGUUGUCGAUCAACAUAGCCAGUCAGAUGUGAUGUUUGAAGCGAAUAAGAUGUGUGUAGCAUGUGAUGUUCAAAGCCUGCCUAAUGGGUCAUGUGUACAAGUAAUUUUAUUGUUAAUAAUCAUUCAGGGUGACAACAACCCCAUCCUUCACACUGCCGAUUCUCAUGAUGGCAUAGAUAGAGACAGACCAGAGGAAUACCUUGCAGAUGUGGAUCUUUCUUUGAGACUGGAUAAUAACAUGGUGCUGCAGCUGAUGCUGGAGGUGUUCUGCCAUGAAGACGAGCAGUUACUAAAGAUGUUUGUAACCUGGGAGAAUCAGACUGAGGGUGGAACCAACGUGGCAUACCUUCUUAUCUCCAACCAUUGCCUCUAUGUCCUGCAUUACCAUCGGACAGAGAAGAAAUUUGUCCAGCAGUCCUGCACUGCUUUGUUGGAUAUUAUUUUUAUAAGUGUUGGUCUCAAUGGACAGACUCUGAACAUUGAAAGCAGAGGCAGAAACAAGCAGAAACAGAGAUUGUGGCUUACUCCUGGCAACCACAACCUGUCCCAGUCUAUUGUUGCCUGUUUGACUGAUGCAGUGAAAGCAGCCAGUGAACAUUCAGCAGGGAAGUCCAGAUUUAGUGUCGGGAGUGAAGUUCCUUUACAGAAAAUUGCUCUCAGAAAAUACAUCUCCACAGAGUUGAGUAUUAAGCCCCAGGAUGUGACAUUGUUGGAUUAUUCUCUGGUCUUCUGGGAGGACCUGUCCUCUGCCACCAGUCCUGGACACUCUGGAGUUUACAAAGAAGGGAGACUUCACCUGUGGAUUCAAGGCCCUCUGAAAGGUCACGUCUGGAAGCCUGUUUAUGUUAUUCUCAAAAACAACAUACUGUCUGUUAAAGAUGAUAAGAGCGACCUCCAACCUCAUUGCUUCCUGAGCCUGGGAGGGGAUCAGUGUGUCGGCUGUCGUCUGACCUCUCACUCUGGCCGGGAUCACUGUGUAGAGCUGAUCCUAGCACAGGGGGGCAGCUGGCUCUUGUCUGGCGGCUCGCAGGCAGAUGUAUCUGACUGGAGGCAUUGUCUGUGUCUGGCCGUGUCUCAGGGGACUGUGGAAAGUGAUAUUUCCGCUGCUUGUGUGCCAUGCUGCGCAGUGUUGGCUAAUCAGCAUCUGUUUUUAUGCCACGAGGACCUCUACAGCAAGUUUCACCGAACACUGGCCAGGCUGCGAUUGGAUGACGUGACAAGGAUUGCCUUGGACGGCACAGACUCAACGUACUGUAUUGUUAAACUGAAGUCUCAAGAGACGGAGCUCUCCAGCCGGCAGUGGGCAUUCUAUUUCUACUCAAGUCAGGAUAUGGAAAGGCACAUGUCAGCUAUCAAGGCAGCAUGGAAAGAUAUACAUCAGACCGAGCUUCCAGUGCUUCCAAUUGAUGAUGUAGCUGUGGAAUGUUCCUGUAACUCCUGCUCUAGUCAUUUAAAGCGACAGCUAACCCUGACUUGA